AUGAGACCGUCCAUCCUCUCCGCGGUCCUUUCCUGGGCAACCGUCGCGUCCGCCGUCGCAGUCACAAAUGAUACCUCGCCCUCCCCCAGCAUCCCCAACGUCGUCCAGUCCACCUGGGACGGGAAAUGCUUCUACCCUACGCCCGAUGCCGCCUUUGACCUAGAGUCCUACCUGGGCCGUUGGUACCAGGUCGCCGGCACCGUUGCGCCCUUUACCGCCGGCUGCAAGUGCAUCUUUGCGCAGUACUCUCUCAACGAUAACGGCACCGUCAAGGUGAACAACACCUGCGAAGCGGGGGGCCGCGCCAUCAACAUCCUGGGCACCGCCGCGCCGGCCGAUCCUUCGUACGGGGCCAAGGGCGUCCUUCGCGUCCAGUUCCCCGGUCAGCCCGGUCCCGACUGCGCCGGUCCGAAUUACAUUGUUCAAGACUACACCCCAGACUUUGCGCUCGUGCAGGCCAGCAACUUUACAACGCUGUUCGUGCUCAGUCGCCAGCGGAAUCCAGAGGACGCGGUUCUCGAUGCCUGGAUCGCGCGUGCCGGCCAGCUCGGCUCGAACCUCGCAGACGUUGUCAAGACGGAUCAAACCGGUUGCCAGUUCGCAUGA